UUAUAUAACACUUGUAUGUUAGGCUCUUAUUAGGCGUAUUGCAGGAAUGGAGCAGCUGAAGGACCCCGGGGGGAAGUGAGAGGAGCCCGGUCCAGUAUGGGCACCCAGGAGGCAGACGGACGUCUUAUGCUGGAGUUUGCUGCCCAGGCUUUCCAGGCGAAAAACUUGCAGUUGGCAUGUGAGAUAUAUGAGCGGCAGGGACAGGCGGCCGGGGCGGUGGACUGGGGGCUGCUGCUGAGGCGGGCACAGUGCCUGGCAUGUACGGGGAAGCUGCACGAUGCCUUUGGCUUGUACCAGGAGGCGGCGGCGGAGGACGAGCUGUGUGCGGAACAGCUGGACACGUUGGUGUCUUGCCUGGCAGAUGAAAUCCGGAGAAGAGAGCCGCCAUCCCCGGAGAGGAGACAAUGGGGGACCGUGUCCUGUGCGGAGUGCCAGGGCUUGUUGUGUGAGCCGGUGACUGUGCCAUGUGGGCACACCUUCUGUAGGAAGUGCCUGGAUGGGAGGCAGUGCGGAGUGUGCCAGGAGGAAGCCCACCAUCACUACAGAGUCAAUGUACUCCUCAGUAAUGUCAUCAGCAAGUGGUUCCCCUGCCAGGUCCAGGCUGCCAGGCUCACCCAGGAGGGCAGUGCCCUGUACAAGGACAACAGGCUGGAAGAAGCCCUGGACAGAUAUACCCAGGCCAUCACAUUAGUACCACUCGACCAUUUACUGUAUAGCAACCGCUCCAUGGUUUACCUCAGUCUAAAGUCUUAUGAGCUGGCACUGGAUGAUGCAGAAACCGCCUGCAAACUGCAGCCACAUUGGUUAAAAGGGCAUCUGAGGAAAGCACAAGCAUUGACAAACUUGGGAAAAGUAGAAGAUGCUUUAAAAGAAUUUCUUUUCUGUCUGGUACUUGAUGGUGAAAAUAAAACUGCAAAAUCUGAAGCAAAAAAGUUGUUGCUUAACAUGUUAAGUCCUGGAUACAGGCAAGGAGACUUUCCAGAAGUUCUUCAAAUGAUGUCGCAUCCAUCAAGGUUAAAAGGAAGUCUUAUAAACUCAGACACCAGCAGUAAUAAUUAUAGGUUAUGCCAGUCUAACCUGGAAUAUAAGAAAAAAGUAAUUCUUCCUGAGCAAACUAUCUCAACUGGAUGCAACAGUGUGCGGAAAUCACUGCAGACCUUAGAAAAUAUGAAGGAAGGCCACAGCAGAGACACUUUGACCUCAGAUAAAUGCCUGAAAACUUCACCAACAUGUAACACAUUAAAAAGGAAGUUGUACAAAAAUGAUACAAGCGAAGUUACAGAUUUGCCCAGCAAAUUACCAAAAACAGAUGUGUCAGUGAAUGAGAAUGCAGACAUGGGCUUGCCUGUGGACUCAUCAGACUUGGAGUGUUCACUUUGCAUGAGGUUGCUGUAUGAACCCGUGACUACUCCCUGUGGGCACACAUAUUGCCUAAAGUGUCUUGAACGAUGCCUUGACCACAACCCAAAGUGUCCAUUGUGCAAAGAAGACUUGUGUGAGUAUCUGGCGGUGAGAAAGUUCUGUAAAACUGAGCUGAUGGAAGAUCUAAUAGCUAAGCAUUUCCCAGAGGAACUUAAAGAAAGGAAAGCAAUCAAUGAGGAGGAGAUAGCAGAGCUCUCAAACUUGAACAAAAAUGUCCCUAUAUUUGUGUGUACCAUGGCUUACCCCACAGUCCCAUGUCCUCUGCACAUAUUCGAACCUUGUUAUCGGUUGAUGAUUCGGAGAUGUAUGGAAACUGGAACAAAGCAAUUUGGCAUGUGCAUUGGUGACUCUGUGAAAGGAUUUGCAGAUUAUGGGUGCAUGUUGGAGAUCCGUAAUGUGGAGGUCUUUUCAGAUGGUCGUUCAGUUGUGGACAGUAUUGGAAAAAGAAGGUUUAAAGUUAUUCAGCACAGUCAAAGAGAUGGUUAUAACACAGCUGAUAUUGAGUACAUAGAGGAUGAAAAGGUUACAGAAGAAGAUUAUGAGGAACUCCGUGCAUUGCACAAUGCUGUGUAUGAUCAGGCAUACAACUGGUUCAGUACCCUGAAACUAGCAUUGAAAACUCGAAUCUUGAGUCAUUUUGGUCCUAUGCCAGCCAAGGAUUCUGAUUUACAGGUAAACCCCAAUGGCCCUGCAUGGUGUUGGUGGAUUCUUGCUGUUCUUCCUCUUGAGAGCAGGGCCCAGCUACCUUUUCUCGCAAUGACAUCACUGAAAGAUCGCUUAACUAGCAUUCGGCGCGUCCUUCUGUUUAUGUGUCGUACACGUACACGAUAAUGACAUUGUACGCAUUUGCAUUCCAUCUGACAAAUACAUAGUGUACAUGCCAGAAAUGUAUGUCAUACCGCAAGGUUUUCAGCCCUACAAAUUAACUUAUUGUUAAAGGUUUAUUUUUCUUUCAAUAUUUUUCUUUUUCGUUUUUCAACUACUGAA